AUGCGUCGAACAUCGCGAACUCGAAAGAGUAAACACCACGAUCCGGGUGAAAUUGUUGAACGUCAGUGGCCAGAUGCGAAGCAACUCCCUAUUUGUAAGGAUGCCAAUUUGGACAACGUCAAGCAUACCAUGAAUUGGAACUGCAUCCCGGAACCAGCGAGGCCCAAAUGUCCAGCUUGUGGAUGUCGUCAAAUCCCGGUAGACUGUCGCCCGGAUAAUAGUAAUUUUAAUACAAUGAAAGAAAAAGAGCAACGUGAAUCGUACUUGGCCUACUUAGAAUCGUUCAAUCGAACGUGCAUUUGUGAACAGUCAAAGGCUAGUCGAAUCGUGCCGACUGCACCUUCUAAUGAUAUUUAUUUCGAUGGUGGGGUCACCAUGAAAGUUCAAGUCUUUAGCACAAAUCCAAAUUCAACUGAAGCAUGUGAAUUCCUGUUCAACAAAAAGGACGAUUUGCAUUUCUUUUGGUAA